AAAAGUUUGGUUUUCUGUCGAUCCUGUCUUUAUCCCUGUCUUUAUCGCUGUCUUUAUCCCUGUCUUUAUAAAGCCUUUAUCCCUUCUACAAAUGACUGAGCAACAGAACUCAAGGAAACCGCCAUUGCGGACCACCAUUACCAAAAUUUUGGAAAAAAACACUUGCGAUAUCCUCGACCAUCCUUUGCGGCCACCGUUCGUAAAGUGUACAAAUGGUCACUUUGUAUGCGGAUCAUGUCGUCCACAGUUGACGAAUGACGAAUGUCCUUACUGUAGAGUACCAUUGUCAACGGUUAUAAAGGAUCGUAUUUUGGACGAGAUUUUCUUUGCUGUUCAUCCAACUUUUGGUUCAGAUGCCCCAGAACCACCAUUAGGCCGGGGGGCCAACAGGUCAUUGAGUGCAACCGCUGGACCCUCAAGACUGCCAGGGGGCAGGGGAUAUCUCCUCUCCCAGUUGGGACAGGUAGCCUCUUCUCCACCACUUCCAGGACGGGGGAGACAAUUAGGCCAAUCUCCAAGUCAGAAUCUCCAACGGACAAUUGGGAGAAGUCUGAUUGAAGCAGCAUUCGAGGAGUCGCUGUGGAACACAUUGGAUAUUGACGACGCCGGGAAUUUAUUUGCACGAGUUCCAGUGCGUAGAUGAGUAGUGGU